UUGAGGCGAAAUUUUCAGCAGCAAGGCAUAAUAUGCGAAUUUUUUUGGAAAACAACACUGGUCAGUUAUCCGAUUUCACUUGCAGCACAAACAUCUUCAAUUUGGACUUGUGUUGCAAUUACUGUUGACCGAUUCCUCGCAGUGAAAUACCCGCUACAAACACGUAUGUGGUGUUCAACAUCUCGUGCGAAAUUGGUCUUAUCAGUGAUCGCAACUGUUUCAUUCGUCUAUAAACUUCCAUCUUUAUUCGAAUUAACAUUGGAUAAAUGUGGUCGUUUGAUACCUACAUCAUUGCGCACCAAUGGCCUUUACAUUGUUUUAUACAAUACUUACGGUUAUUUGUUACUGCUAAUAAUUAUUCCCUGGACAACGAUGAUCGUUUUAAAUAUAAUCAUCAUUCGAGCCAUACAUCAAGCUUAUCGUAUUCGUCGUUCCCUUGUUAAUUGUAGUAAUACUACAAAUUUGGAUGAUAAAGAACGUCGCUGUACACUCAUGGCUUUCGUAAUGAUUUCGAUGUUUAUCAUCUGUAACCUAAUCGCUGGGAUUAAUCACAUUAUCGAGGCAUUUUUUGUUGAAUAUUCACAAUUUUUCCGGUUACGUUUACCAGUCGGAAAUUUAUUGGUAUGCGUCAACAGGUGCGCUAAUUUUAUCUAUUUUAAGCUAAUUUUUUGCUAUUUUAUUCAUGCUUCCAAUAUAUUCAUAUACUCUAUAUUUGGUCGUAAAUUUCGACAAAUAUGUGUAGCUCUGUUGUGUCCAUGCAUAGCUAAUAGCAAUUAUAAAACGAUGAAACCAAUUCGUCUGAAUGAAAUAACGACUCAAUUAUCGAAUAAAUUUUCUGAUCAAAUCACUGAGGUUUAUACUUUUUUCUUAUAUGAUGCUAUCAAUCAUAAAUAUGCAGUCAUUUAA